UGAUCAUGUGACAUACUAUGCUUACUACGUAGUUUUUCUGCGACUGUGGUAACAACUGAAGUCCAUGUGAAUGUCGUCGGUUACAUCCCACAUCCUCAUUUGAAAGGUGAAGGUGAUUCUGGCUGCCAUAUUGUGAACAAGUUUCUCUGGUCUGGGUGCUUCAACUGUGCUCCUCCAUGACCAGCCGUCUACUUGGCCGAUAUGCCCGUCUUCUAUCCAGGGCUUCACCUAAUUCUCAGGCCACAACUGCCCGCUUAUCUGCCCCUCCAGCUGCGCCUACAGAGACACUAUGGGCCCAUGCCUGGAUGGGGCCUUUGGGGAGGCCACUGUGUGAAGGCAGGAGUGUGGCCAAGGAUGAGAACUUUCCCACAGUCCCCAAACGCACACAGCUCGAUGAGCUUCUAGAGACGGCGGAGUCUCAGCAGGAUAUCCUGUUAGCUUGGGCUGAGCGAGGAGGAAAUGGCAACCAAGCUGCAGUGGCCAUGGUCAGAUUAUCUCAGUGCCAGAAAGGGGGCUCUGAAUUAAACCAAUCAGAGUUGUUGAAGGAUCCCAGGCUGCAGGAUAUGAUGGAUACGGUUGCUGGACAGAUCGGUACGGUGUGGAACGGCACCCUUGUCUCAGUCCUGCGGUCUCUGACCGCCCUGAACAUCCCUCCCGGGGCUGCGGUGGUUCGCUCUGUCCAGACAGAGGUGCUGUGGCGGAUACGCAGACUCGCCUACAAGCAGCUGGCUUACUUGGUGGACUGGGGCACGGGGCGGAAAGGCCAGCCGGAGAAGAUAGUUAGCGCGGCACUGAAACACCUGGAGCUGCGCUGGGCUGAGAUCUCUGACCCGAGAACGGUCAGCACUCUGAUGGCCAGAGCAGGACAUCUGUCCCCUGCUCUCAUGGACAGACUGGAGGACAAGGCACUGGAGCUGAUGGAGGGGUUCAGUGCUGAGGACAUCCGCAGGAUGUGUUUGGCAAUGGCCUCUCAGAGUCGAAGGUCUGUCCCCCUGCUCCGAGCCCUAUCUUAUCACCUCCUACAGAAACCCUCCCCCGACCUCAACACGCCCCUACUGCUGGACAUGGCUUUUGCUUAUGGGAAGCUUAACUUCAAUCACACCCAGGUGUCCCAGCGGAUGGCGUCGGAACUGUUACCCAGGGUGCCUGAGCUCAGCUCUGUCGAUGUCACCCGCUGUGCCAAGUCUCUGGCCUUCCUCAAGUGGCUUCAUCUGCCUCUGUUUGAGGCCUUCACAGAGCACUACAUUGUGAACAAUCAGACCUAUAACACUUUACAGCUCUGUAAUCUAAUCAUGUCAUUGGCCAAGCUUGGCUUCCAGGCAAGCAAAUGGGAGUUCUACGACAAGGUCCACUCUGCCCUGGACAGCAGCUUCUCAGGCCUGGAACCCCACCUCCAGACAGAUGUGCUGUGGUCUAUGUGUGUUCUGCAGCAGUCCCGACCACAGUACUUCACUAGCUUCACACAGCACCCACACCUGACCAAACUCUCAGAGGGAAGUCCGUCCAGGGUAGUAAACUAUCGUCUGAAGCUCCUUCACAUCGCUGCUACACUUCAGUUAGAGCAUCCAGACUCGGCAAAGACUGUUUCCUUACAACCCCCCGGGCCGCCCCCCCCCCCUGCGGCCAGCCGCCUCUCGCCUCUGCAGAGUGGGCUGAAGGGGGCACUAGAGGCCCUGGUGGGGGAGAGGCCAGAGGCUUUGCGUACUGGGGUCAGCACUGUGCACGGCUGGACCAUAGAUGGUGAGAUGGUUGUUGACAGUGAGAACAAGCCAGUGGACCUUGUGGGGUUGACUGCUCCUCACCUGCCCGCUGGAGGAGGGAACAAACUGCUACCUAUUGGGGCACGGAGAUUGGCGUUCCUGGCCUGGGAGUUCCCUCACUUUGGCUCCAGAAGUAAAGACCUGCUGGGGCGCUUCACCAUGAUGAAACGGCAUUUGCAACUGGAUGGCUUCAUCACUGUGCAGGUGCCGUACUAUGAGUGGGUGGAGCUAAAGUCUGAUAGACAGAAAGUGGCGUACUUGAAGGAUAAGAUAGGGAAGGCUGUGGCAGAGGACAUGGCUAAAUGACCUGACCUGACCAAUGAACUGCACAAUGGACUUAGCCGGAGCCACACCCAACACUGAACAUACACAUAUUGUGUACACACACACACAAAAUUAAAUUUAAGUGCUAAUAAGUCUGGUCAUGCAUCCAAGACUGCAUCCAAAGCACUUGUUCUACCUCUGUUCCCUUGGUGAUGCGUGGGGCUUUCUCUGUUACUAUGGAGAUGCCACAUGAGAGUUCUGAGAAAGAGAGUGAGUGAGCGAGAGAGAGAGAAACAGAGAGAGUUCUUUAUCAAAGAAAAGUCGUCUUUUGUUACUAAAAAGAUGUGUCCCCAAGUGACAUUCUGGCCUUGGAGCAAAGCGCAUGGUGGGUAUCAUAGAAUCAACGCCAUGAAUGUUGAGCUUUAUAUGACUUGUGAAUUGAUUAACUAAAUAUCACUGACACUUGUGAUGUUAGAUUAAAAAACGUUUUUAUUUGUAAUCCUGUAAAAAAAAAAGACCCCUAAUAUGUUUUCAGGAUUAUGUGUGUGUGUGCACCUAUUAAUGUUCUUAGUGUGUCUGAGGGUGUGUCUUGCCAGUUUGGGGUUUGUAUGUAAGAAUGUGCAGUGUGAGGUAGCAUGAGGUGUGUCAUCUAGACAGUAGUGUGAUAUUCAGACAGAGCACGAUAUUGCAUGGCACACCACAUGCAAACAACCACUAAUGAAUAACUAAGGUGGUAGAAGACGGUGGACUCGCAACCACAUAUCCGUAUUCCAUUAGGUGGUUGGUCCACACACACACACAGGAAAAGCUUUAAAUCUGACUGUACAGUCUGUGGUCGGUCUUGCAAAGUGUUGUAGCUCACGCCCAUGCUAAUAAAGAUGACAAAUUUUGUGGCA